GUCAAGUUGAUCUGGGCAUCCGGCAGGAUGCAUGCGAGUGAAUACUAGGAUGGCCAGGGUGGUCAUGGCUUAUGGACGCGGGACAAGAGCAAGGGUGAUAGACCAUUGAUUGCACAUGUUUUUACCCCUAUUCUUGAGCCGUUUGAGAUGUUGAUUCUCGUGUUUUAAGCCGAUUUCACGCUAGGUUGUGUGUUUAUGUCAUAUUUCAGGGCUUGGCGUUGGCAUCGAGGCGAAGAAACGAGUUUCGGGUCGAAAGGAGCAUGUUUGAGUUGAAGUGUGAUGGAGGAGCAAAAUACCCGACCAUGAGCAAAAAUACCUGGCCGGGUAUUAAUCUGCGCAGACCGGGGAAAAUCUCUUUUGGGCGUUUGAGAAGCAGAAGAGGGCCCGAGCAUUAACAAUAAAUCCCCGGUCGGGUAUUCUUGACUCUGACCGGGGAUUAAUCCCCUGUCCUCGACGGUGCGUUUCAAGAAUCCCCGGUCGCCACCUAAAAUACCUGACCGGGUAUUCUGACCGGGGAUCGCGAUUUACAGCUUCUUAAGGGAAAUGAAGGGCAAAGUUGAAGGGUCCCGAGUUUUAGAGAGAAAAAGCAUAUACCUAGAGAGAGAAAGUGAUGAACCUGAUUCUUCAAGCAUCUUGGAUCGAUCUUCAUCACCAUUGGAGCCCGGCUUGAGCUUGGAGAAGUGUUGAUUGAUUUCCAGAAGCAGAAUCUCAUCCUUCACAGUAUGGUUUCCGCAUCUAAGCUAGAUUUCCCGUCUCUCUCUAUGGGGUAACUUUCUCAUUCACCUGGGUAUGAAGAACCCUAGAUUUGUAUGUUAGGUCUGAUUGUAUGAACCCAAGUACGAAUUCAGUGAUAUGAUUAUAUCCAAUUGAGGUUUGAUUUCUUGAAUGGCAUGAAUCCUGAUCAAAUUCCUGUUAUUUCUGCUUUGACCUAGAAAGAGAAUAUCUAGGUUGAUAGAGCACCCUUGAUUGAAGGUAGUGAAUUGGCGAAUUUAGUCGAGGAGUCAAUUCACUAUUCUGUACCAGAUUUACUUCGGUAGGGGAGGUUUGGUUCGUUAGGGCCUCAAUCUGUUUACUCUGGUGGAGGUUAGUAGCCCGCGGGGGACUCAGAUUGAGAGGGUCUGGAGACCUUUAGUCGAGACUGCAAACUGUUUAAGCACCUCCCGGAGUAUAACUAUCAUUGAAAUUGAACUUGGUAAAUCACAAUCCGGCUUAACUGCAGUCUAGGGGGGACCAUAUUCGGGUGACCUCUCUCAACUUGAAAACAACCUUUAACUGCUUUGCUUGUUUGCCUGUUUGGACCUUCACUACACUUUCACUGCUAAAUAAUAAGAACUCACGGAGUAGUCAUCACACUUAGGACCCUGGUUGACAUUAAAACCCAAACCCGCUAUACUAUGCUUUAUGAGGUGGUUACACUUGGCCAUUUUCUAGAGUGACGGUAGAAGCAAGUCAAAGGGUGAUGUUUACAUCAGGAAUUAUCGGUGGCAAAAUCAGCCCAGUCAGCUUCGGGUUGGGUCUGAUUGGAGGAGGAUUUCUAGAGGGGUGUAGGUGGCGGGCGCGACGGCUAGGCCAAUUGGGUCAGCAAGGUUUACUACCGCCCUGGUCCAUUAUGAUGGGAUUAAGAUGGGUCGGGCCAGGAUCUAGGUCCACCACCAAUCUUGUUGCGGGUCAAAGAGAAGGCAAGGCAAUAUGGGCUUCGGGUGUGGGCUUCUUGGACAGAGCGAGUGGGUUGAACGGAGGCUAGGGUUGCGGAGCUGGGCCGACCGCGACAGGUGGGACGAGAGGACCAGGCGAACCAAGAGGCCCGAGAGGGCUGAGUGGGCCAGGAGGGCCAGGAGGGCCAAGGGCCCAGGCAAACUGGGCACAGGCGCUGGCUCUGGUGAGAGUAGGCUGUGGCCACCGAGCCUAGGUGAGAGGAGUCGCGGGCUGGGUGAUCCAUCAUAGUCGCCUGGGUUUGGUUCAGAUCAGACCGACGACCGAGUUGGGCCAUUUCGUCAGAAACUAGCUCAAUUGGAAUUUUUGUAAUAUAAUGGAGGCGAGGACCCGUCCGGUUGGUUUACGCGGGUGGAACAAUUUUUCAAAUUUCAAGAGACGCCAGAAGAGAUAAGGUGCUACUCGCAUCUUAUCAUUUGGAGGUAGACGCCAACCAAUGGUGGCAAUGGAUGUAGCACACCGACAUUAUGACUAGGAUGGCGAUGACUUGGGCCCAAUUUCGCGGGGAGUUAUGGGCUAGAUUUGGUCCGUCGGAGAGCAACUCGAGUCAUGAAACUCUCGCUAAGAUCAAGUAAACGGGAUCUUGAAGCGAUUAUCUCUUAGCUUUUGAGAGAUUGGGCAAUCAAUGCUAUGGUUGGACCGAUGAAGCAUUAGUGGGCUCAUUCAUUGGUGGGCUCAAAUCUGAAAUCUUCGACUCAAUCCGCAUGUUCAAGCCAGAAACGACGAGAGCGGCGAUCCGACUCGCCAAAGUGAAGAAUAAGGAAUUGGAGAAGCAUCAUGGGACGCUGUGGAAUCCGCCAUGAGUGCUGGCGGAAACGACAAUGGAAGGGGCACCGCCACCGCCUCGACAACCACCGCCGCGCACCCCCAAUGCACGAAGAAUUUCGUCAGAGGAAGUAGCAUGUUGUCGAGCUCAAGGGCUAUGUUUCCCCUGCGACGGGCGAUUCACGAUUGGCCAUCGAUGUGCUAAUAAGAACAUGCUGCCAUGCACUGACGAGGAGGAAGGUCAAAUUCAUCCACGAUGAAGACCAACCUUGAGGGCAAGAUUGUGCUAAGGGGGGAGGAUUGUUACGAGAAUUGGGUCAUCAUAGCAAUUAGGCUAUUUAUAUGGGCCUAGUUAUUCUUAUUGUAUUAGUCUUUUAUUAUUAUUGUCUUUAUUAGUUGUUUCCUUGUUCAAGUAGGAUUUGAUUAUUGUUAGUUAGUUCCUUGUAGGAGUAGGAGUCACGUCCUAGAUAGGAAAAGGUAGAGGCUUCUAUGCCUAUCAAUAUUUACUAUGUCUUUUGUUUAAUGUCACGAGAAGAUUGGAACCCAAUUGAGUUUAUUGCUUUAUGUUUCUUAGGAGUAGUUAUAAGGUAAUUUGGGGUUGAUCUCGCCAUCAAGGAGGCCCUCUACUCUAGAACGUUCGAGAAACGUAUCCGAAGGUUCGCGUGCGUGGGUUUUCCGAGAAAUCUACGUAACAACACCUCUAGUUUGGUCUAUCUACGAUACUUACUUGGCUCCAUGUCCAACCAUACGACCAAUCAUUUUUUAACUGUAUUAAAAUUUAAAAUGGUUUCCUUGGGAUGGAUGAGACCAUGGUUGUCAUGUCGGUGACAUGCCGACAGGUUGCACCUAGUUCAACUGGCGUGAACACGACGAGUAUGAUCGACAUGAUCGAUUUAAGAGCUCUAAGUAAAAUGACGUUGUUUUA